AUGCUGCGAGCGUGCGGGGCGGGCGUGGGGCCCCAGCUUCUGCGGGCGGCGCUGGGCCUGGGGGCCUGGCCCGGUCCGGAGCGGGCGGCGUCGGGGACGCGCGGGCAGGGCUGGCUGCAGCCGGCGGGCUACGACACGGGCGUCAAGGUGUACAACAGCCUUACCCGGAGGAAGGACCCCUUGAUCGUGGGCAGCGCGGACGCCGCCUCCUGGUAUAGCUGUGGACCAACUGUCUAUGAUCAUGCACACCUUGGCCAUGCUUGCUCAUAUGUUAGAUUCGAUAUCAUUCGAAGGAUCCUCACGAGGGUUUUCGGAUGCAACAUCAUCAUGGUGAUGGGAAUCACGGACGUGGAUGAUAAAAUCAUCAAAAGAGCCGGUGAGAUGAAUGUGUCACCUGCUUCUCUGGCCAAUCUUUACGAAGAGAAUUUUAAACAAGACAUGGCAGCCUUGAAGGUUCUCCCCCCGACGGUGUACUUGAGGGUAACUGAAAAUAUUCCUCACAUCAUUUCUUUCAUCGAAGGAAUAAUUGCUAACGGGCAUGCUUAUUCGACAGCACAAGGCAACGUCUACUUCGAUCUGCGGUCAAGAGGAGACAGGUACGGCAAGCUCGUGGGUGCGAUCCCCAGUCCCACCGCAGAGCCAGUUGAUUCUGACAAGCGGCACCCCAGCGACUUUGCCCUGUGGAAGGCAGCUAAACCCCGGGAGGUGUUUUGGGCCUCUCCUUGGGGAAACGGGAGACCUGGCUGGCACAUCGAAUGUUCCACCAUCUCAAGCUUGGUGUUUGGAAGCCAGCUGGACAUCCACUCGGGCGGGAUGGACUUAGCUUUCCCGCAUCACGAGAACGAAAUCGCCCAGUGCGAGGCCUUCCAUCAGUGCAGGCAGUGGGGAAAUUAUUUUCUGCAUUCUGCUUCCUCCGUGGUGCUGUGGGCUUCACGCAGCAUCCCUCUGGGGCCACAGCGUCAGGCUGUCCUGCUGGUGACGCUGGGCUUGACUGCUCGGGACUUCCUGAACACCUUCUCCCCCGACGUCUUCCGGCUCUUCUGCAUGCGAAGCAGCUACAGGUCAGCCGUGGACUAUAGUGACGGCACCAUGCUGGAGGCCAAGCACCUCCUCCUGGCGGCAGCCGCGUUCAUCGAGGACGCCCGGGCCUACAUGAAGGGGCAGCUGGUGUGCGGCCCCGUCGGGGAAGGCCUGCUGUGGGAGAGGCUCCGCCACACCAGGGAGGCUGUGAAGGCUGCGCUGGCAGACGACUUUGACACACCUGCGGCGGUGGACGCGGUCAUGGACCUCAUCCACCGCGGGAACGGACAGCUGCAGGCACGCACUAAGGAGCCCAGUGGUCCCAGGAGUCCUGCCGUGUUCGGCUCCAUCGUGUCCUACAUUGAACACUUCUUCGAGACCGUCGGGAUCUCUCUGGCGGACAGACAGUUCGUUCCAGGCGACAGUAGCCAGGCCACUCUCCACAGCGUGGUGGAGGAGCUGGUCCGGUUCCGGCUCAAGGUCCGGCAGUUCGCGCUGGCCAGCGGAAAGGCCACCGGGGAGGCCCAGCGGCAGCAGCGGCUGGACAGGCAGCCCCUGCUGGAAGCGUGUGACGCUCUGCGCCAGGACCUCACCGCCCACGGUAUCAGCAUUAAGGACAGGAGCAGCACAUCCACGUGGGAGCUGCUGGGUCAGGACCACAGACCAGGGAGCUGA